GAAUGUGGCUAAAUUUUUUCAAAUCAUAACCGCUUUCGCGUCUACUCGAAUGUACUCGAGGAAUAUGUAAGUAUUUUGAUUAUCCUUAUUUAAUUUUUGUGUGAAAUUAGAUACACCUGAUACAAAAUUCACACAAGAGAUUCUUCUCUGAAAAGAAAGAGAGUGAAAAAGAGUAUUUUUCAUCAUGUUGCGAAGUACUCCUUCUAAAUCCAAGGAAAAUGAAUCCAGACGAUCCAGACGUUCAUCGAUUCUUAAACCACGCAAACCCCGUAAACCAUUGCAAAAUGUGGAUUUUGAUUCCCCACGAAAUGAAACAAGUUCGACUCCUUCAAAGAUCAAAAGGCGUGUCAGUUUUGCAGAUAAGAAACAUGUCAAAGAGUUUUGUCACACGGUUGAGCAAGGGACUGUAUGGGAUAAUACAUAUGAGGAGAAUGAUUCUGCUAAAGGAUCUUUUGUAGGAGAUGCGAACGCUAAAACUGAAUUGAGAGAAAACAAAUCUGCUCAACCGUCUAAGGAUGCGACGUUAAGUAUUAUUGCGUGUAAUACAAGUGAGAAAUAUAUGGAACCAUCUGAUGAAAAGUCCCAGCUUGAAGAAAAUGUGACCAAUAUAAAAUCAUAUUCAUGUGGCAACGCUGACUUUGAAUUAGAUGGGACAUGCAUCCAGGAUUUAUCUAUGGAAUUUACAGCAUCAAUACCUACACCUUCACUUGCAAAAGAGAACAUAAAUAUAAAGAAGGAUAAUUUUACAUUGCAUCUGAAUUUAGAUACAAAUUAUGUCAGCAACAGCAAUAAUGUAUCCAUUCAGGCUGUACCAGUAUCUGCGAGAGCUAUUAAUUCUGAUUUAAGUAUUUUUGAACAAAUUUCAAAGAUACAAAAUUGUGAAAGCGCAAAUUGGAGCGCUGAAAAUAAUAUGCAUGCUAAGACAGUAUCUUCAAGAAAUUUGCAUUACUCUAAUAUUGCUUCUGAAAGUACUUUUUUCAAACAGACACAGAAUGCAACACAGAAUAUUAAUGAAUCAAUGAUGUUAACAAAUGUAAUACAGCCAGCUACCACUGACAUGUCUUGUACAAACGUACCUUUUAAUGUUUCAAUGGAAAUGACAGCUCCUAUAUCAUUGAAAAUAUAUGAUGAAAAUAUUUCACAUCCCCAUGGUGAAAAUAUAAUUAAUGAAAAUGGUCUGAGAGAAAAUCAAAUUGAUAAAACUGAAUUUUUUAAUGAUGCAAUGGAAAUAACAAAACCUGUAAAUGUACCUUUGAUUGCUUACGACAAGGAGAAUUUGAGAAUGGAUGAAUUAAUUUUAUCCAGAGACGAUGGAACCAUUUUCUUUCAUAAUGCAUCCAUGGAAAUGACCACAGUGCCAUUAAGAAAUCAAGGAGAAAUUACUCGUCCGAUCAUUCACAAGCCGAUAUCUGAAGAGAAUAUACGUAAGGAAAAGAAUGCGGACAAUUCAAUUGACUUUAGUGAAAAAACCAAAUUAUUAUGCAAGUCUAUGGAGUUUACUGAAGCUGUCCCAGUCUCUUUACACGAACAAACACUUAAUCCUAUUUGCACUGCAGAAUCUACGUCAUUCUUUCAAACAAUAUCAAAAGCACAUUCACCUGCUGAAAAUUCGAAAUUGGCUCUUCAAGUUGAUACAACUGCAAACAAAACAAUUCAACAUACAUCAAUGGAAAUUACUGCUCCAAUUUCGAGUCUGCAUUUUACACAAAAUGCAAGAAAUGAAAGAGAAAAUUUAAACAUUUCUAAAGAUGGUGGUUUUCAGCCUCUGUCAGUCUCAACAAAUAAUUUAUUAAAUCCAAACAAGACUUGCAUGUCUUUUAUGGAAUAUCCCGCUCCUCAAGAAAGUAAUGUACAUUUAGAAAAAUCUAAUGAUAUUUAUAUGAAUAAUACUGAGCAUAGUGAUUUUACACAAAAUGCAAGAAAUGAAAGAGAAAAUUUAAACAUUUCUAAAGAUGGUGGUUUUCAGCCUCUGUCAGUCUCAACAAAUAAUUUAUUAAAUCCAAACAAGACUUGCAAGUCUUUUAUGGAAUAUCCCGCUCCUCAAGAAAGUAAUGUACAUUUAAAAAAAUCUAAUGAUAUUUAUAUGAAUAAUACUGAGCAUAGUGAUUUUACACAAAAUGCAAGAAAUGAAAGAGAAAAUUUAAACAUUUCUAAAGAUGGUGGUUUUCAGCCUCUGUCAGUCUCGACAAAUAAUUUAUUAAAUCCAAACAAGACUUGCAAGUCUUUUAUGGAAUUUCCCGCUCCUCAAGAAAGUAAUGUACAUUUAGAAAGAUCUAAUGAUAUUUAUAUGAAUAAUACUGAGCAUAGUGAGCGUUUUGUAAAGGACACAAUAAAUUAUACCGAGCCAUUUAGAUUAAAUUUUGAAGAUAAUCUAAAUGACAUUAGCGAAUAUAGUUUACUAAGAAAAACUGUUGAAAACAGUGUCGAAGAGUUACAAACGAUUGAACCACCAUCGUUCAUAUCAUUAGACAAUGAUAAAGAAGAGAAUUCUUUCCCUGAUGCUUUAUGCAAAGAUAAACUUCAGAUGGCGACUAGUAAAAUAGAUGAAACGAUCAAUAAUAUAUGUAAUAGUUCAAAUCAAUUAGUAAUAAAUAAUAUAACUCAAGCAACGUCGAGAAACAGUGUAGCAAAGGAUAAUGAAAGUUGUACAACUUUAAGAGAAAAUGAAUCCAUCAAUAUCGAGAAUCAAAUGGAAGAUGACUGUAGUAAAAAUAUAGCGAAUGAAACUGAAUAUAAUCAAGAAGUCGAUUGUCAAGUACUUGGAAGAACAAUUAUUUAUGGUAAUCUAAUUAAUGAAUCCAAACAUUGUGAAAUAAAUGUAGAGAAUCUUGAAGAAAAUAUAUCAAUACAGAAUAAUAAAUGUAAAGAGACAAAAAUUGAUAAUUACGAAUCGCCAAUUAUCAAAGGCAGCGAAAUAAUAGCUGAAGAAGAAUACAUCUGGGAAAGGAUAAACGAUAACCUGCGAAAUAAAAAGAAACAGCAAUAUUCGGAUGUGCAAAAAUUACUAAUAGAACAGUGCACUGAUCCACAGAAGGCGGAAGUAAUUGGAAACCAAUUAAAUUCGGAGGAAUAUUGUAAAGAAAAUUUAAUAAACGACGCAGUAAGAGUAACAGGACAAAAUGAAGAAAAUACAGAAGAACAAUGCGCUGGAGCGAUUGAGGAGUCUUUGGCUGAGCAAGAUCCCUUUACAUCACUGUCACAAGAAUUAGAGACGUAUGGCGAAAGGGACGAUUGCAUUUGGAACGUGUAUCACGAGAAUAUCGACAGAAAAAUGAUCGUUUUCGGCUUCAUAUCGAAUUCGUUAUUGGUAGCAAUGUUUCUAUCGUACGAUUUUAAUUGUUCAGAAGAGAAUCUGAUUAAAAGAAUCAAGAUUGUUUCCCGCAUUUCAAAUGAUUCAGGUCUAUUUACAAAGAUAGUGCACAAAUUAAUUCUGGAGAAACUAGAUGCGGAACUGCUUAUGGAUAGGUAUAAAACUCGUGAGGAUAUUCUACCAAUGCUGGAAUAUGUUUCACAGAAUGUCAAAUUAGCGAUGGACUUCAUGUUCGAAUUGAAACGCUUGGACGAUAUAAAUCUGAUGGAGAUUAAUUGUGAUCAAAUUUCAUUUGUAUCUCGAAGCAAAAAAAUGGAUAUUAUCGUGAAAGUCAUUAUUAAAGUCAAACGAUUUGAUGAACUCACUUCAAGUGAUGUAAACGUUCAUUGUUUGCUGGGUACAAUAAAAGAAACUGAUGUUAAGGGUCUAAUUAAGAAUAUAAAAAAAGAUCACAUGUUUUUAAGAAAAUAUAUGAACGAUGUCAAAGAUUAUGUUGACAUAAUAGAAAUGACAAUGCCAAAAAAAUGUAAUUAUUAAGAAACUAUCAAUUGAUUUUCAGUGAAGAUAUUAUUUUAGCCGUCUAAUGUGUUCAAAUUAAAAAAUGAAUGAAUCUAAGUUGUAAAUCAGUGUUGUAAUGUAAAUGAUUGUGCAAUUAUCUAUAUACAUAACAACAAAGUUUUUUUUAUUUUUGUAUCAUUUGUAAGUUGUACCAUUUUCUGUUACUC